AUGAUAGCAAGUUUCAUGGUGUAUUUGUUGAAAGUGUUCAAUUUGAGUCAGGUUGGUGCUGCAAAUGUUAUCAGCAUAAGAUAUGGAGUGAGCAAUUUCAUACCAAUUAUUGGUACUUCUGUUGCUGAUGCCUAUUUAGGAAAAUUCAAAACCAUUUCUAUGGAAUCAUUUGGAACACUUGUGGAGGCCACUAGAUUGGCCAAUGUGGCAAUGAUGCAUGCCGUUCGAGAGACGAACCAGAAGGCCACAGAGGAUGCUCUUGAGCUUGCUGAGGACCGUGACGUGAUCGACCGUAGGCUGAAUGCUUUCCGAAAGCAUAAGCCACCUUCCUUUGUUGGGUCUUAUGACACUAUUGCUGCAGCGAGAUGGCUACGGGCGUUGGACAAGAUCUUCCGGGUCAUGCAGUGUGUUGAUUCGCAGAAGCUGAUGUUUGCAAUGAAUUGGAAUUCAAGAAAGUCAACUAAAGAAGAUGGUUUGGAUUUUAUAAAUGCAAGGACAAUAGAGAGAAAACCCGGAUGGAAGGCCAUUCCUUUCAUCUUAGCAAAUGAGACGAUUGAGAGGAUAGCAACAUUCGGCAUGACAGCAAAUUUCAUGGUAUAUUUGUUGAAAGUGUUCAAUUUGAGUCAGAUUGAUGCUGCAAAUGUUCUCAGCAUAUGGUAUGGAGUGAGCAGUUUCAUACCAAUUAUUGGUGCUUCUCUUGCUGACGCUUAUUUAGGAAAAUUCAAAACCAUUGCUGUGGCAUCAUUUGGAACACUUGUGGGAAUGGUGAUAUUAACACUGACAGCAUGGGUGUCACAAUUUCAUCCUCCAAGUUGCUCUUCACGGCACCAUGUAUGUGUUUCCCCAAAUACCAAUCAACUUGCGAUCUUAAUUUUGGGGCUAUCUUUGUUGGGUAUAGGCACAGGUGGAAUUAGACCAUGCAGUAUUCCUUUUGCCAUUGAUCAAUUUGACACAACUUCCCCUGAUGGAAGGAAAGGAGUCAGUAGUUUCUUAAAUUGGUACUACACCACACAGACACUGGUUCAGUUGAUCAAUAAUACUAUAGUAGUUUACAUCCAAAACAAAAAUUGGGUCAUUGGUUUUGGGAUACUAGCCCUUCUCAUGUUAUGUGCAAUAAUCACAUUUUUUGCCGGAACAAGAACUUACUUUUACCAGCCAGCAGAAGGGAGCAUAUUUUCUGGUAUUGCACAAGUGUUUGUUGCAGCUUACAAGAAGCGCCACCUCAAAAACCCAGCAAAUGAAGAGGAAGUUGUUUACUAUGAUCCCCCACUAAGAGAUGAUAAAGCAGUCAAGAUACCUUUAAGCAAACAACUUAGGUUUCUAAACAAAGCCGCUCUGAUACAAGACAAUGAAGUUAAUGCAGAAGGUUUGGUCACAAAUCCAUGGAGUCUUUGUAGCAUUCAACAAGUUGAAGAAGUCAAAUGUGUGAUUAAAAUUAUACCAAUCUGGGCUUCUGGUAUCUUGUGUUUGAUACCAAUGGCACAAGGAGGAAUAUUUCCUGUAAUCCAGGUCAUGAAAAUGGAUCGACACCUUGGACCACACUUUGAAAUUCCUGCUGCAUCAUUCAGUAUAAUAUCCUUAAUCAGCAUUGGUAUAUGGCUCCCUUGUUAUGACCUCUUUGUGCAACGAGCUCUAGCAAAAUUCACAAAACAAGAGGAAGGAUUGACAAGCCUUCAAAAGAUAGUAAUUGGUAACAUCUUCUCAAUUCUUACAAUGGUAAGUGGUGGUUUGGCGGAGUGGCGAAGAAGGAGUGUGGCUAUCUCACACGGUGCACUUGAUGGGGUUACACCAAUGUCUGCCAUGUGGCUUGCUCCUCAAUUUGCCUUUUUAGGAUUGUGCGAGGUAUUUAGCAUUGUUGGACACAUUCAAUUCUACAACAGUGAAUCGCCAGAGAAUAUGAAAACUCUUGGCAAUUCCUUGCAACCUCUUGUGGGUGGCUUCGCAAGUUACGCUGGUGUCUUGGUAAUGAACAUUGUGCACAAAGUGACACGAAAGCAUGGCAAAGUAGAUUGGCUGAACAAUGACAUCAACGCUGGCAGAUUGGAUUACUAUUACUUCGUCAUAGCAGGACUCGGUGCACUCAAUCUUGUCUACCUCCUCUUCUGUGCUAAACGCUAUCGUUACAAAGUUAUUGUGAAAGCACAAGUCAUGGGCACACCUUGA